GUGGAGAAGUUCGAGGCUGAGUCUUCGAAGGGCACUGGUGGAACGACAUCGUGGGCAUUGUUGGAUUCGGGAGCGACAAAUCCAUUUCGUCCGGCGAACAAGGGCGAGGAAAUGGAAGCCAUGCCGAUUCAGGUGCAGCUAGCUGACGGUCAAGCAGUGCUACUACGACAAAAUCGAGCUGGGACAUUGAUGCCUUACAGCAAGAAGCAAGCUGCAGAGAAGGGUACCAACACUGUUAUAGUGCCUCUUGGAAGCUUGGUGCAGGAGCUUGGAUGUACUGUUGCCUGGACCCGUCGUGGGUUGGAAGUCAAGCACCCCACCUACGGAGUGAUCACGACUCAUGUGUCAGGGGCUUGCCCAUUUAUUGGGGAAGCGAAGGCUUUGGAGCUGAUAGGCGAGAUAGAGAACAGGAAGUUGGAGCAGUUGAAGGUUGCAAUGGUUGAAACUCAGCUUCGACUACAUGGUGUGGAAGCGCAACUCAACUACGGAGCCCAGCUUUCGGAGUAUCGCCGAACCGGAAGUCGGACUGAAGGCUUGAAGGCCCUGAUGUGUGAGGAUUCAGUCUUCGGGUGUUUGACGGAAGCUCAGAGGUGUGCGUUGGCCCAGGACAUCGACCUCAGCGACAAGGCUGGCCACAAGUACCUGAAGGCUUUGCCUGUGAAGCGCGCUAUGAGGAAGAAGUUGAUGACCACCCAAUGGUUGGUGCAUGUCUACUCCGGGGAAGGUGGCAGCAAGGAGCUCAAGGUGUUUGAAGAUGACUGCGUUACACUGCUUGAGGUGGAUUUGGGCAUCAGCAAGGCGUUCAACAUGAGGGAGCCGAGCGGUGUUUACAAGGCAUUGUUGUGGGCUGCAAUGCGAGGUCAGCUGUAUGGUCUCAUUGGUGGACCUCCGCGUGGUGAGGCCUGCGGAGAGCUGGUCCUGAAGCAGAUGUUCCUCUGGAAUAUUGCGAGGCUUACAGCGGAGGAGCACGAGGUCACUUGCCCCAUAUUUGCUAUGACAAUGCCAAGGAAAAGCGAGCUAUGGAGAUCACAGAUGUGGAAGAGAUUCCAAGGCUCGAUGGGUGUUGUUCUCAAUGCUGGCAGACCCGAUGUGUUCUUGGCCUCCAACUUGGUUAUGAAGGACUCGGGAUAUGAUGCUUGGGAGCAGACGGCCGAAUCAGGAGCCUUCGUUUGGACCAGAAUGGACACAUCCCGUUUCACAAACGCUGCCAAACGUGCGUGGCGACCCGAGCUACUGGUCAUCAACAUCGGCGAGUGGAAGCUCCGUCGUGUCAUGUGA